AUGAAACAAUACGUGAGUUAUUUUGGAGUUCCCUCACGCUUGGUCACAGACAGAGGCACUAGUUUCACUAGUAAAACUUUCAUAUCCACCACACAAAAAAGCCCCUCAGAAUUAUUAUUCGGCUUUAACAGCAGAACAGAAGAUAAGUUUAGCGAAGUCAUCAAUGAUACAAUAAAUAGAAUUCCGGUAGAAGAAUUAGACGAGUUGAGACGGGAGAGAAAAAAAAAAGAACAACAGGUAGAAGAAAUUGCGAAUUACAAUAAACACAGUAAGACAGCGAUACAAAACAAGGAAGGGGAUUUAGUGAGAGUCGAACGGCAGAAUCAUGGUGCGAAUGAGAAAAAGGGUACGCGUACUCAAGAGGUGGGUGAAGAGUCCAGGAAAUUAGCAAUAGAUGACGUAAUUCGGUAUAGGAAAGCCGCGUUGAAAUAUAACAUCAAGUCAUCGACGUUGGAAAGCAGAGUCAAGAAAUUCAAAGAUAACACCGAUGGACCCUCACGAACAUUUCAUUCUAAGUUCACGAGUCCACAAGUCUUCUCCUUGGAAGAAGAGAACCGCUUAAAUGAUUACAUCAUUAAUUGCUGCAAAAUGCAUUAUGGGCUAACAACAGUACAAAUUCGCAAACUUGCCUACGAAUACGCGAAAGCGUCAAAUUUAAAAAAUCCCACUAAAUGGGAUGAGAACCAAAUGGAUUGCUUAGAGUGGAUGCGUAUAAAGAAAGUAUAG